AUGGGGGAGAAUAUGGAUCAUGGCCUAAAAUAUGACUAUAUAGCCGUCAAUCUCUUGAAGGGAGAGCAAUCUCAUCCGGAAUUCCUCAAGCUCAACCCCGUUGGUUUCGUGCCAGUUCUGGUGGAUGGCGAUCUUGUGCUUGCUGACUCCUUAGCCAUUAUUAUGUAUCUAGAUGAUAAGUAUCCUCAACACCCUUUGCUGCCUAGUGAUAUUCACAAAAGAGUAAUCAAUUUCUAGGUACACCUGCUCUGUGUCAGUUAGUGGUUGCAAACUCUAAUGAAUGCGUUUCCUUCUAAGUUUUAAUCAUGUCAUCUCAUCCACAAG